CAGAACAAAAUUGAAUACCGAAAAUGGCAGACACUAGCACUGCCCCAAACCAGGGGCAGAGCCAGGAGUCCGAAGAUAACAAACCGAGAGAGUACACGUAUGCCAAGAAGUAUUCGAUUUCAUGCCAACGCUGACUGCACGCAAGGAGGUCGAGCAGACGGUUGGCAAGUCGAAGGUGAAGAAGGUUGAGCUGGCCGGGCUGCCGUUGCGCCUGAAGUUUUGGACGGUGCAUAUGGCGGAUUCGUAUCCGGCCCUGGCCUUCGUGGCCAACCGCGUCCUACGCAUGCACGCAACCACCUGCGCAUCAGAGCGCAACUGGUCGCUGUGGGGCAACCUGUUCCACAAGGCCCGCAACCGCCUGGGGCAGAUGCGUGCGAUGAAGCUCAUCUUCAUCCGCCAGAACGACAGCUACGCGGCCAAGCGCAACGCCCUGUCGGAUGAGGAGGUGGUGAUGCAGCUGCUGGCCGGGGAUGAGGAGGAGUGAAGUAGCUAGGGAUUUAAGUUGUUCGGUCGGCAUUGGUAGCAGUCUAUGUCUGCUGAACUUGGCCAGCAUGGGAUCUUGAUGGCAUACCAUGUCGGCUUUUGUGCAUUGCCAGGGCUUAGGAAUGAUGAUCUGGGCCCUGAUUCGUUGAAACCUUAACCCUUAGGAUAUGGAGUUAAAGAAGCAUCAAAGGGAUAAGCGCCUGUGACGUGUACUCGACCGUCCAGUGCGCCCUCGCAUGCUUUGACCCAUGGGUCAAUACUGCGGCGGAGUAUAAUGGCUUGUUUCUGUCGUGCAAUUGUGCUUCGCAACGUCCCAAAACUUAAUUAUUAUAACAAAU